UCUCCUCUGUCACUCCCUGUGUCUCUCCCCAGCAGCGAGAUGGCGACUGCGCACACAGAGACGGAGAAGGCCAUCGUGACCGUGGUGAAAUGCUUCUAUGACUACGCCGGAGCCGACGGCAAGCGAGAGACCCUCACCCUACGCGAGUUCACUGCCAUGGCCAACAAGGAGUUCCCGCACCUGAUGAAGGACGUGAAUCUGAAGGAGAAGCUGCAGGAACUGGACGUUAACGACGACAACGAGAUGAAGUUCAGCGAAUACUGGAAGCUGAUUGGAGAAACAGCCAAGAACGUGAAGAGGGUCAUCAAACGCCAGUGAAGCCAGUGCAAUGCGCGGGGCGGGGGGGGGGACGCAGUGCGCAGGGGCGCAGACGCUGCAACAGCCAAUUAAAAACAAGCUCCUUGAAAAACA